AUGAGUUUUAGCUUAAACCUAACGGUGCCAUUGAAUCGCCAUUGCAACCGGGCCAGUAGUUUGCAGGUGCCACGACUGUUGGUAACCCUAUUGCUGGUCACCCUAUGCUCGGGUACACUAUGGCAACGGUUCCGACGGUUAGCCCAUAAGGCAAUGACCGGUCGAUUGGAUGCGAAACGAGAUAUUAAUAUAAACUUCUCGUUCCCGAGGACUAAAUGGUGCGGACCUGGAAAUACGGCCCAGUAUUACGAUGACCUGGGUCAGGAUACGGAUACCGACAGCUGCUGCCGUGACCACGAUCAUUGUGACAUUAAUAUUGGUCAGGGUAAUGAAGUUUGUGGCGUUGAAAAUAGUGGCAUGUUUGCUAUAAGUAGCUGUGAAUGUGACGUACGGUUCCGGCAGUGCCUACAAUCGGUGAGCCCACCCCACGCGCCCACCGCCGCAGUCAUCGCCCGAAUAUACGGUACAAGUGUUCGCAAGUGUGUGAAUUGA